UCCUAUCAGUGCCGGGUCAACAAUGAAGCACAGGUGGGCGGUUUGUACACAACCCCAAACUAUGUCUGUGACGUUUCUUAUCCUCGUGUCCUUGUUUGCGCCGUGUUUCUGCCAGAAUGAUACAAAGGUGGUGAACCUUACUACUGAUACUGGGUUGCGCGGCAUAAUGGUCAACGUCCCGGCCUUCAACAGUUCCGUAUAUCAGUACCGAAAAAUUCCAUACGCCGAACCCCCGAUAGGACACCUACGGUUCAGGAUACCAAUGAAUACACAGCUAUGGAGUGGUAUACGUGACGCUACACAGUUUGGACCAAUAUGCAUGCAAAACACCAACAGAAAUGUAAGCAUGUCCGAAGACUGUCUUUUUCUAAACGUAUAUGUCCCAGUCAACACGUCAGAAUCUGAUACUAAGCCUGUAAUGGUGUUUAUACAUGGCGGUGCGUAUAUAUCGGGAAGUGGCCAACUUUACGACGGAUCGUAUCUUGCUAUUUCUGGUGACGUCAUCGUGGUGAACUUGAAUUACCGACUUGGCUUCAUGGGAUUCAUGAGCACUCAAGACAAUGCGUCAUCCGGAAACUACGGACUCUGGGACCAACAGAAAGCUCUCUGGUGGGUUAAACUUCAUAUUGACAAGUUUGGAGGUGAUCCUAAUCGCAUUACCAUAUUUGGAGAAUCAGCCGGGGGGUUCAGUGUCGCCCUACAGUGUCUAUACCCCCCAAACAAACAGAUAUUCCACCAGGCCAUGGCACACAGCGGUGUGGCAAAUUCUGUCCUAGCCACCUCGCCUUUAGCUAAACAGACCGCAAGAAACAUAGGGGCUUCUGUUGGGUGCACAUCUUCAACUUCUGAUGAACUUGUUAAUUGUUUAAGGGCAAAACCCGCCGAGGAAAUUCAAAAUGCGCUUCAUACUAGCAUUUCAAGCGACAAUAAGACGCAUUAUAUUUUGCUUCUGGCCCCUGUUGUAGACGGCUUCUUUUUAACAGAUACACCAUCCAAUCUGCUCAGCAACAAGUCUUCGCCGGCUUAUAAAUUCUUCCGGUCUAUAAAUUUUGUUGUAGGAAACGUACAGUCUGAGGGAUCGUUAAUAUUAGAUCAAAAUCUGAUAGGAUUGCAAAGUUUCUAUAACUACAAUCUAACGCUUGGAAUUCCCUCUCGAAUUCUGUGUGGUCUGAUCAUCCCCGGAAUAGUCGGGUGACUGGAUUGGAAAUAACACUGACGUCUCUUCUGCUGUUUGCACUAUGUAUAGCGUGGAAGGCGGGAACACAACAAAUAUGGGGAAAGCAGGGCAAUAAGGCAGUAGAAAUGUAUGGGGACUAUUUCUUUUUUGUCCCUUCCAUAGACACUCUGAAUGUCCAUGCACAGGGAAACACACAGUCGAAAACAUUUCAGUUCUUACUGACCAGAAAUGCCGGAUGGGGUGUUGGUGAGCCCUAUCCUUCCUGGCUUGAAGGCCCAGGGCAUUAUUCCGAAAUUCCAUACCUAUUUGGAGCCCAGGACAGGCCCGGUGUACAACAGGAAGACGUAGUUUUAUCAAUACAGAUGCUCAAUUAUUGGACUAACUUUGCAAGGAGCGGCGAUCCUAAUGUCGGGCGGACGCCGGAGGUAAUAUGGCCUUCCUACACUCCUAUGGCUGGUGCUUACAUGGAUCUAGACGCGCCGUGUACGAACAGAACAAAGAUGUUCGACAAACGUAUUCGCUUCUGGAAGGAUAUCGUACAAAAUAUGAUUAUUAUUGACAAUGCAUUGUCACGAGCGACGACUGUGUUCACGAUCCUACCAUUGUAUGCCAUCACAUUUGGUCUUACUGGUGUAAUUAUGAAAUGGCUUCAGUAAGCGAGAUAACGAGAUGACUUAAUUUGUAAUCUCGAGAUAACUGAAGAUAGCGUAAGUCGUAAUAAUGAGACAGCAUAACUCGUGAAAAUGAGAUAACUAAACUCGUGAUAACGAGAGAGCGUAACUCAUGAUAACGGAUAAAGUAUGCCUAGCUCGUAAUAACGAGAUAUUUGUUUCAUGUGACACUUUUCGUUUUCGUAAAGAAUAAACCACUUAGAUGCGAGAGAUAUAGUAUUAAGUGUUGAGUCAGUAUAAACCAGCAAAACACUAUUGAUUGAUAUUCUACCUGAUUGUACAAUAAAGUAGAAUAAAGAGGUUGUUUUCGGACUUGCAUGUAUUGUGGAUUUGAUAUUUUUGUAGGAGUAGAAUAAAAUAACUUUCCAGUCA